CAGCAACACCCCCCACCUCCCCCCUCCAUAUUAACAUUGACGGGUGAGCUGUGCAGGAAGAUGGGGAGUAAGGAGCUGCAUUUUAGCAGAACCACUUCGGCCGGCUAUCGUUUGGCGGAGAGACCGAACGCUGGCUCCCUCGCCGGCCACAGUAAACCGGCAGCGGGCAGCCGAUCCCAGGGCAAGCUCACCUACCUGGGGACAGUCCAGCAAGACCAAGUGUGGAGAGAGUUAAUCCGAGCAGAAUGGCAAGGGCUCAAAGAAUGGGAAAAUAAGUGGAGCUUCCUGAAAGAUUAUGAUGCCAAGGGAAGACUGAAAGUACAGGACCCCCUCCCUGACUACAUCCCUCAGUUCUCUGACAAAGUUCCAAGUACCACAAACCAGACAUUUGGCAGCAGAAUAGACUCUCAGCUUGGUCAGGCACUAAUAAGGAUGGACUAUUGGCUUCAGAGGGAAAAUCGGAAAAAAAAACUGGACAAUGAGCUAAUCCCAUGUUAAACAGGGGAAAGUAAAAUGUCAUUAAGCAGUCAUGUGAUCGGGGAAAUACUUGAAUUGAUCAUGUUAAAAUAGUUAGAUUAGAGACAUUGGAGACUGAGGCCCCAAUAUUAAUUUGGAGGCUGGAGUAUUGGGGGCCGAUGAGUGGCAGGGUGCUGGUACAGAGGGGCACUUUUGUGGUCGGGAAAACCCAAAAGAAUGUGUUUCCCUCAGAUCCUGCUGGCAUUAACAGCAGCACCUGAUUGACAUUUUUAUUUCCUCUCAAAUAGAUUGAAGGGCUGCUUGGCUAUCAGGUGGGAAAGCCUGCAGAACCAGGCCACA